AUGUCUGACCAUCAAAACUUGGCUGGAAAGGUUGCCAUUGUCACCGGCUCGAGCCGUGGAAUUGGCUCUGCAAUUGCCAUUCGGCUUGCCCGCCACGGAGCUAACGUGGUUGUGAACUACGUCAGUUCUGCCGCAGCUGCUGAGAAUGUUGCGGCAGAAAUUCGUAGCCUUGGCGUCAAGGCGCUCAUCGUGAAGGCCAAUGUCUCCGAACAGAAAGAAAUCAAGUCAUUGUUCGAACAAGCCAUCGAGGCAUUUGGGCGUGUGGACAUUGUUAUGAGUAACUCCGGCAUUGAACACUUUGGUGCUCUUGAUGAGGUUACCGGUGACGAGAUUGAUAAAGUGUUUAAUGUCAAUGUCAAGGCUCAGUACUUCGUUGCUCAGCAGGCCUACAAGUACAUGGCGGAUAAUGGCCGCCUGGUCCUCACAUCCUCUAUUUCAGCGCAAAAGGGAAUUGCCAAGCACGCUGUGUACGCCGCUUCGAAGGCGGCCAUCCAAGGCAUGAUAAAGUGCCUUGCAUAUGACUUUGGUCCGAAAAACAUCACGGUUAAUUGCAUUGCCCCUGGAGGUGUCAAGACGGAUAUGUACGCAGAUGCGGCUGCUGAUUACAUUCCUGGGGGAGAAAACAUGACCACGAAGGAGAUUGAUGAGGCGCUCUCCAAGUGGUCGCCAAUGAACAGACCUGGAUACCCUGCGGACAUUGCAGGGGUCAUCGCUCUCAUUGCUAGCCCUGAGUCUCAGUGGUUAACUGGUCAAACAUUCCACAUUUCUGGUGGGGCUCAUAUGGUCUAA